UUGUGACGACCACAUGGCAAGUAUUUCCCUGCCGGGGUUUUCUUCGGUGUGCACGCGUGCACACGUUUGCGCAGAUGGAUAGCACGCCGCCGACAGCAAGCCGUGUGCGGGGAGUCAGCAGCCAUAUUAGCGGCGAACCAAAGUUCGCUGCACGAGAGCUCGGUGUCAUCGGACAGACUGUGCAACGCCGAAAAUACGACCUGGACCGGCCGGCGGAGAACUUUCAGCUGGACUCCUUCGUCGGGACGCCAGAAAUCACGGCGUACAGAAAGCAACUGCAAAAAGUGCGUUCCUCCAGCCUCCAAGCUGAUCGUGGCGGCGACAAGACAAUGGUGACAUUAACGCGUAUCGAGCGCUCUACUUCGGAGCCCUGCUCGAUGGUCCACGCGUACCAGCAGGAGCGGCGCCGUAGGGUACAGAGCCGCUCUUUCUCCGUGGAUCUCAGCCGAAGACAGAACGAGGAAAUGCUCUGGAGCAACCUGGCGUCUCUGCUGAGCUACAUCUACGCCACUCUCAUCGUGGUCCUCGGAGGCGUCCUGACCGUAGUCCAUACGUCGGUCAAGAUAGGUCGACACACGAUCGAGCUGGAUGACGCAUUCGCCUGCGUGGUGUGCGUGGUCGGCCUAGCUUGGCUGGUAUUUCUGCACGUGGACCUGACGUGGCACGAUGCGCGCCGCUCUCGCCGGCCGACCGCGCCGUGCGGGCGGGGCAGCAGCUGCGCCGGCAGCAGCUGCACCGGCGACGCCGAGUCCGUGGGCACCGCAGACGCGAUGGACUGGAAGGGCUGCCACAUGGGCCAGCCCCAUGGCUACACGUACCUCACGGGAAGACACAGCGGAAGCUUCUACCUCAAGGCCGGCAUGACAGUGUUCUGUUGCGGCCACCUCAUUCACGAGGGUCUUCUUCUUGGCCAAGAGAUCAUUGCAUGGAUGCACGCCGGCGAAGUGUGCACCGACAUCGCCCUGCUUCUGGUUCACUCGCUGAGGCCGCUCUUCUCCUUCUACCAGCUGUACUUCCUCUUCAAGUACUCGAACAUUGUAAUCAACCGAUGGGUCACACUGGCCAAAUUUGGCAUCAUGCACUGCUUUGCAACCACGCUGACUUUUUGGUUCCGAACCGUCGUCAACGACGCCUACGGAGACGUCGUCAAGGCUCUCAAGGGCAAAGCUUACAACCCUGUCGUCGCCCUUCAAAGUAACACCAGCUUCGCAGAACCCCAGUUGUACCUAUCCGAGCGGCCCGAGUUCGAGAGCAACUGGAGCUGCGCCGUGGCCGACCUGUUCUCGCCGGCGUACAUCCGGCCCAUGCCGUACCUGUACCCGUUCGCCAUCGAGUUCAACUUGGUGCUCGCCGGAGUCUGGUUCAUCGUGCUCCAGAACGUGGGCACGUCUGCGCACAAGUACUGCCGCCACGACCCCGCAGCCGAGGCUUGCAGUGCGGUGACCCAGGAAGCCUCCGAGAACAACCUGAUCAUCAAUGCCGACUGCCACUCGGCCAACCGCGGCCUGUUCGCUGGCUUCGUCGUGCUACUCGGCUCUGUCGUGGUCAUGAUCAUCUUCUACGUUGCGCUGCUCGAAAACAGGUACAGCAAUACUGGCGUGGCCGUCUACCUCGGCCAGGAGGGUGUGCUCGUAGCGCUGGCGUUCUUUGCCUGCCUGCUGGCCUACGGCCGCGUGGCCACCCUGGAUGUGAACAGCCACCCCAUCACGAUGCUCGAUGACUUCCUCUUGUGCAUCCCCACCCCGUUCUUCUUCGCCCACGCGACUCUGGUUGUCAUCGCCGAGCUGGAGGUGGGCGGCAGCUACGUGCGCAUGACGCUGCAACUCUUCUCAGUUGUGCAAGUGGUAACGCAGACGCCACUCAUCAUCGACGCAUUGCGGCGGUGCAGCAACAGCCCCUCCUUGCGCUACAAGAAGCCCGGCCGGGAGAUCGUGUCCUUUUUGAUCGUGGUCAACAUCACCAUGUGGAUCGUGUACACUUUCGAGAGCAAGGCCGUCGGCAAGCUCUUCACGGGCACGCGUUAUUUCGGUCUACGAUCCUGGGUCUUCAUCGAGCACACCACGGUGCCCCUCAUGCUCUUCUACCGGUUCCACUCAUCCGUGUGCCUCGCCGACGUCUGGAAAUCGGCGUACGAGGCCGAGUGAAGGCCCGGGCAGCGCCGCGAAAUUAGGCGCGAGCGCUUCCAGCAAUCGCGCGUAAAGUGUUACGCUUUGUUUUGAGGCCCCGGUGUCACCACACGCGACUGAAGCUUGCCGACGAGCGUGCAGUUCCUGCUUCACUGCUGUUUCAUGACUGACCGCUCAACGUGGUCGUUUACUACGGGCGGCGAGUGUUCCACGCCCCUGGCCAAGACGCCUUUCAAUGAUUCUUCUAGUCAACUUAACCUCGGUGAUUGCGUCAGCAAGUGAACACUCGUGAUUAGACUCCUUUCCAUCAUUUUCCCUCCCUGAUCUCAGCAUUCUCCGAACUGUUUGAGUGUUUUCAGUGACUAUUCUGUUCAGGCAGGUUCAACAUGGCAUUUACAAUCGCGUUGUUUCGGAGGAAACCAGACACUGAGCAAAUAGAGCUGUGUACUUGCUGCCCGAACAGUUAAUGCUUCUUGCCCACCUCAUUUGGUGGCUCUGCGCCCUUGUUUGUGUAAUUACAAAGCACUCUCGCCAAUGAGUGAACUGUGCGAACUUCUCGCAGUCUCCUUCAACAGCAUAUACCAGCAACUAACUUCGACCACUGCACGAGGCACGAACUCCAGUGACCAAGCAAUGCAUCGGGCUGAAUACAGCUGGGCACGUGAACGUGAGGAAUUCAUCGCCAGAAUUCAUUAAGGAAGCUUCCCAUUGCGAGGCAGCACAGCACAUCUGUUCCGCCAAGCUGUGAUAUCUGCAAUCUGUGAUUCUCUCAUUGAAGAUGACUUGCGCUUUCUUACCAUGACUCUUUUUAUUGUAUGUUUCAAUAGCUGUACGUUCGUGCUGUUUCAUGUCUGACUUAUCGCCGGUAGUUAAUAUAAUGCAUACAUUCGUUGUUGCUACAUCUUGUGACCACAUGUUGUGAUAAAGCUAUUUUCAGCAUUUUUUAACGAUUGCGACUUUAUGCAUCCGCCAAUUUUACUUGUAUUUGUCUGACUUCGUGAGUAGAAUAUUGUUGUUCAAGGCGUGGUGAGUCUUCACAUAAGCGCUACCGAGCGCCUUUUUUUUUCCCCUUAAACCUUGACAGACUUCGAUGUUGAUCUGUCACUGCCUCCCUCGCGCGCCCUUUAUUAUUUCUUGUCGCGCGUGUAAGUUCUUUUAGUUUAGCGUUUUAGUUUUUAGUGCGAGUUCUUUGUGUGAAAAUAAAGUUGUUCAAUGGACGUGGUGCUCCGAUACCAAAGUGUAUGGUAUCGCAACACUCCUCCGUUCAGGCACACGGCACCA